UCACGUUAACUUCUCCCUAUGUAGACCAGUUCUCUCCUGGUCGGCGAAUCUCGCUGAUCAUUGCGCGCGCCGUCAUUAUUGUGCAAAUCAAAAGGGAAUAUAUUCGCAAACCAAACUCCGAAUGUUAGUUUAGCGCAAACGGCAUUUAACUAAAAAGCUCAACUAAAAAAAGACACAAAUUUUCGAUUUUUCCAUUAUUCCGUUAAAGAGGCGUUUAUUUUCCCAUUUGGUUCAUCAAGGGAAGACCUCAUCUCGCGACAAAGGGAGCGAAAAGCUCCGAAAAUUGCGCGGAAACUGUGUUUCCUCGCGCCUCGAGAUUGAUUUCACGAUCGGUAUCGGUGUUUGACAGUUUGCAGUGCGAUCGAAAAUACACAAGAGCGACUUCGCGGAAGUUUACAAAGUGCUAAAUGCACACCAUGUCGCAUCGGCUAUUUGUUCUAUGUAUUAUUGUUCUCUGGGCAAAUUUCACGUUGCAUCGUGCCUCCGCACAAAUUGACAUAUCGAGGGACAAUGAAAUUAACAGCCGCACUCUGCCCGCAUACGCGCUCGCUCUGAGAUUCGAUCUUCUCAACUCGACGAGAUGCGGGAAGGAAUUGCAGGACUUCCGGGACGCCAUCGAGCAACGGAUACUCUGGGGUUUGAAGAUGUUGGAUUCUAGCGGCCGAUUUCGAUCGGGCUUCCUCUAUGGAAAUAAUUUUUGGCUAGGCAGCCACAAUCAGUGCUACGACACAAUGAACAGAGAUCCUCUAGUGCUUUUAGAAAAAGAUUUAUUGAAUAAUUCUUUAUAUCGUGAUCCGCAAAAGGAGUUCCCGCCUUUCGAAGUGUCUUACUUCAUGGCUUAUUUCACACACAACAGUACUCUUCAAUAUCAUGUGAAUGUACCCAACGAAGAUUUAAUUACACUCGGUCUCUGUUUACCAGCAUCUUGCUCUAUUAGCGAACUAAGCUUCAUUCUGGAAAUGAUGUUUCGCGAUAGAGUUUUCUCAAUUAAUGAUCUCUAUUCCAUGGAUUUCAAGCUAGUCGAAGUUAAAGAUGUAAAGAAUGAUUACCAAUGGUUAUUGAAUGAUGGGAUGCUUAUCUGUAUCGUUUUAGCACUUACUUUUUCCUUGAUGAUAAUUGGAACGAUAUAUGAUAUAUUCGUAUAUCAAAAAUAUUUAAAAGCAAAGAAUCAAAUUAAAACUAAUGGCGAAAACAUAACCGAGGAAAUGGAAAUGGCAGAUUCGUCUUUGCAUCAGGAAAAUAGAAUGAUCGGAAAAGUGCUAGUAUGUUUCUCCGUUUAUGCAAAUUCGAAAGCGAUAUUUAACACAAAUGCGGAUGAGGAAAUGGGCGUUCUUCAUGGCUUAAAAUUUUUAAGCAUGCUUUGGGUAAUCAUGGCUCACAGCAUAUUAUACACGAUGGAUUAUCUCGACAAUAAAACGUGGGCUUGGAGAAUCACUAAAGGCUGGGCAAUUCAGAUAUUGAACAACGCAACCAUCUCGGUCGACACAUAUUUCUUUAUAAGCGGCUUCCUGGUGGCUUAUUUAUAUCUGAAGAACGCAGCGAGCAAAGAACGAAUCGAACCGAUUAAUUGCAAAGCGAAGAUAAAUGAGUUCUUUCUCUUCUCCACAAGAAGAUUUAUCCGGCUGACACCGGCUUUCAUGAUGAUGGUGGGAAUACUGCAAUUGAACUCGGGUUGGUACAACAAGACCUCGCAAUUUUACAUAGACGAGAGACCGCAUGAAACUUGUGCGAAAUAUUGGUGGAGAAAUCUCUUGUACAUAAAUAAUAUGUUCGAUCGCAAAGAGUUGUGUAUGAGUUGGAGCUGGUACGUGGCUAAUGAUAUGCAAUUCUUUAUAAUCAAUAUAGCGCUACUGAUUUUAUCUACCAUAUACUUUUACACAGCUGCAUUCAUAUUGGUCUCACUUUUAAUAGGCUCGAUUGUACUCAGCGGUUAUAUUUCAUACAUCCACGAAUACGUUCCGAUAUUAAGCGAACAGUACAGACUUAUAGAUGUUUUGUACUAUCCACCGUGGGUAAGAAUAGGUCCAUAUAUUAUUGGAACUAUUGCAGCUUACAUUUUAACACGACUAAACAAAAGACUGACCUUUAAGAGGCCAACUUUAAUUUUAUGUUGGUGCCUCGGCAGCUCUUGCAACAUUUUCGUAUUAUUCGGUCUUUAUGAACGCAACAUAUCUAUUUUGUCAGCUGCUAUCUAUGUUGCGUUAAGCAGGACAGUUUGGGCAAUAGGUAUAGCAUGGAUUGUCAUAGUGUGCUCCACUAAACACGGAGGUAUCGUCAAGAAAGUGCUAUCGUUCAAAGUCUGGAUUCCUCUUAGCAGACUUACAUAUUGUGCUUACCUUUUGAAUCCUUUCAUCAUACACUCGAUUCGUCUGCACAACGAAACAACAGUUCAUUUGGAGUAUCUGUCCUUGGCAACUAUGUUUAUGGGACAAGUUGUAAUUAGCUACCUCUGCGCUUAUGUGUUAUCCUUAAUGGCAGAAGCGCCGUUCAUCAUGCUAUUGCGAAUGCUAAUACAAUCUCGCAGCAAAAGGAAAAGUAGGGGGCACGAGAUUGUAAUUUCACGUACGAAAUUGUGAGAAAUACUAUAAUAUCGUUAAUCCGUAAUUAGCGUAAGUAGUUGAAUUAAUGUUGCAUCUCUUGGAAAAUUACAUUUCGGAUAAAAAAAUAAACUCGACUUUUUAAACCUGA